AUGGAUACUCUCAUUGUUAAAGACUUAUCAGGCAAUAAAACAGAAACAGACUAUGUACAUAAUGGUGGAAUAAUCGCUGCAAUCUUCCUUGCUUUACUUUCCUUUAUUUUUACUUGUCUUGUUAAUGGAUUUGCUUCAACUGGACCUAAUAAGUUUUUUAGAAAAUCAACAGCUCAAGUCAGUGAUGAAAAUCCAACUGAAUUUACACCAGCUGGUCCAACAUUUUCCAUAUGGGGACUUAUAUAUACUUGGCAGUUAGCUUUUCUUGUAUAUUCAAUUGUAAAUAUAUGGCGAAAAACCGAUGAUGGUUUUCUUUAUAUUCAUCCAUAUACUUUACAUGUGGCUAUUUUUAUUCUUUUUAUUGUUAAUAUGCUUCUGAAUUCUUUUUGGUUAGUUCUGUGGGAUAGACUCAAAUUUGGAUUUUCCACUAUUAUUCUUUAUUUACUGUUGGCAACUAUUGUCGGUGCUUGUGUAAUUGAUCAUAUUCUUCUUUGGCAUAGAAGAUGGGAUUUUAUUCGAUUGAAUAAAUCGAGUGAUAUUUGGAUAAUGCGUUUUAUCAUAUUGAAUGGUCAUGCAGUUUAUUCAGCUUGGUUACUUGUUGCUUCAUCACUUAAUCUUACGAUUUGGUUGAAAAAAAAAUUACCAUUGAAUGUUGAAGGUUGGGCAACAAGAUUUUCUCUUAUUUUACUAACUGUUGGUAUUAUUGUUUAUUGGAUUCUUGAAAAUUUUAUAUUUCCAUCUCAAAUGGCUUAUACAUGGUCUCCAUGGUUAGUUUGGUUUAUGAGUUUAGUAGGAAUUUUAACUAAACAUCGGAAAUUACUCUUAGAAAAAUCAUUUAAUCAACUUAUGGUAUUAAUGAUAACCUUUCUUUGUUGUGGACUGUUUUGUGUUAGAGUUAUUCUGUUUGCUGUUAGAUAUACAAGACAAGAAAUACCGACUGGUUUAUAUCCUGCUGGACUAUGA